AUCAUCUCUCAAUUAUCUUCUCUUCUACUAUCUAUUUCAGUAUAACAGUGGUUCGUUCGAUCAUCAUUCAUCAUAUCCGCAUACUCCGUCCUCAUCACGGAAUUCGCAACAUUCAUACGCACAUAAAUACAGUGUUCUUCUCUCUCAUUUCACAAUCUCUUUAUCCUUACUAUUACUACUACUAUUAUUACCAUCCACCUCUUCUUCUCAAUCUAUACAAAUAUCCACGCCAACCACACGCGUUGCCCGUGAUUUCUCCUGCUGUGCGCCAAACCCGCAUAAAAAAGUAAACACGUCCAGUUCGCCACCAAAAAGCGUCAAGGCAGGCGAUCUUAUAAAACCCUCGUUUCAGCCUCGUCCAUGUCGCCUCGCGCUCCCAAGUAAAUGCAUUUGUCGACAUUGAGAUGCCGUGGACUGUAACGAAUUCAUUCAAGCGGUACGGUCGCCAGCCACCAUGACUCCAAAAUGAUGCUAAUAUACUGUCCGUUUACAGAGGCCUCAUGAAAACUUACGGAAGACCCUUAUGGCGCGUCUACGACGACGAC